ACGGCCUCGCGAGAGUUACAGGUGCGCGCCAACAGGUGAUUUUGAUUCGAUUGUCACAAAACGCCUAGUUUAGGUUUCAACGCAACAAGAACAAUGGAUAUCUCAAAUGUUUCACCGGCGAUCAGUAGACUCAUUCAAGACCCUUCAAAUCAUAUUCCAUUGGGACGACAACUUCAGAGGACGCCGCCAACGUCAGAGUUGAAAAGAACUUGGCCUUUGAGCUUUGAAACACAAGCGAUUGAAACCACCCCUGGGCAAGAACCCCUGUCUCCCGCGCUAAGUAUGACCAUGGACCUUUAUACAAUCGAGCCUGCAGAAACUUAUACAUGCCGACGGUCUCGCAUCACUUCAAGCACACUCUGUUCUGGCAGUGUGCUGGAAGAAGACCCCUACUCAUUGAUAAGAGGCAUGCAGGGCUAUGAGGUUACCCCAGCAGACCUUGUAUUCCUGAAGAGAGCCAGACAGGAGAGGCAGAUCAACGCCUUACAGAUCCUGUCCUGUGAGCAGACUGUUCAAAUGGGGCAAGUGUUCCUCUCGAGGAAGCUGAGCUCAACGGAGGUAGAGGCCCUGGACUCCAAGUCCCUCCCGGUCCAGAUAAAGACUGCUGAUGUCCAGCAAGCUGUAGAGGAGGAACAAGCUGAGAUCACUGCACUAGAGGACAGCGUGGCCAGAGCCCUGGAGCUCAGAGAGAGAGAGGAGCAAAUACAACAGGAGAUUGAGAAUUGGAACAGAACCAUCCUCACGAAAAAGGCAAACAUCAAGCAUCUGAUGAAGGAACUAUCAGAGCUCAAAUGCCAGCUGGCUGGGGCAGAGGAAUCUUUGCUAGCCAUUCAAGGCAAGAUGGACACUUUGAAAGACACCGAAAAAGAGGAAGACACAGGUCCCCAGGAGGCAUUGCAAUUCGCCCCAAGCCAAGCAAAAGCUCCCAAGAAGGCACCCAAGACGAAAAGGAAUGGUGGAGAAACAAUUACCCAACAGGCUUCUCAUGUCCGAAUUGAAGCUGAAAAUACACCUACCAUAGUUGGAGAGCCACAUAUGGCCAGUGGUCUCAGACGAUCUAAGAGAAUAGCUACCAAGAAGAGCUGCGUUGAGAAUAAGCCUGUUUUAAAGAAAACUCGCCCUGUCAAAGCAAGCAUUUCACUUUGAGAAAAAAAAUCUCCACUUUUCUCCACUCCAACUUUUGAGUUUUAAGGAGUUGUUUUGGCUUGUUUGGUACUGUGGUUAGGUUUCCAUCCAUUUGACAACAGAUUUUAAUGCAGAUAUUCAAAAGUCCGCACAGAAACAUUAUAUGCAUUUUCCCCACCAGCGGAUAAAGUGUUGUGCGUGACAGUGCACAUAACACUUUUGCGCUUAAGUUUUCAUGUACAGAAUAAAAUAAAACAGACGUUUUAAUGUGUUUCCAUAGCAUUUUCAAUUCUAUGAAUGGUUUUGUCACACAAACUGUAAUAAAUAGCAUACUUGCCCAA